CGCGCACACACACGCACUUGUCUGCGCGGUCCCGGUCAGGACUCGGCUCCAGCAGCGGAACCCGCAACCCCGAACCCCCGAACCCCCGCCAUUCCCCGCGGUGGAGCCGCCGCCGCCGCGCAGCUGCCGCCCUAGCGGCGCCGGAGGGGUGAAACCUCAUUGGCCGGUGUGAUCCCCGCGGUGGCGGGCCUUGAUUGGCUGGAGCUACACUGUCAGCGAAGAUGGCCACCGGUCUCGGUUGAAGAGCUAGGCCUCACUGACUCCACCACCCCACCCCUCCCCACCCCCACCCCCACCCCCGACAUCACAGUUCAACGCCAUGUCGUGAACCGUGAUUUCCUCCGACCGCUGCGCUGUAGAGUACUAUGGCAAUGCAUGAUAUGAGUCGCGCCAAGGGUUUCCCCUGUAAAGAAUGUGAUAUGGUCUGUCCGAGUACUCCAAGUCUACUAGAGCAUAUGAAAGCACAUUAUCAGCAAGAAGAGAGUGGACGUUUCGAGUGUGAGCAGUGCGGUCGGAUUUACAAGCACGCAGCCAGCCUAGCCAACCAUAAGAAGUCCCACGAGGUGGGUUCGUUCCAGUGUCCGGUGUGCACCCGUACGCUGCCCAACGCGGUGGCCUUGAAGAACCACCUACGCAUCCAUACCUUGUCCCCCAGCAGCGCGCAAACAGAGGAGGAGAGCGAGGAGGUGCCCGAGGAGGCGGGCCACGACGAGAGGGACUACGGCCUCGCCCAGGACCUCUCGGACGGAUUUGGUCGCUCCCAUUUGAACAAUAGUGGUAUGGGCCAUAGCGUCCUGCCAGGCCACGAGACAGACGACAACGGGAAGAAAAGCUCCCCUGAAUCGGACGACGCCUGGGACAGGCCGUUCAAGUGCGACCAGUGCGACAGAACCUACCGGCACCACGGUAGCCUGGUGAACCACAAGAAGUGUCACCAGCAAGGAACUUUUAAGUGCUCGGUGUGUUUUAAACAAUUCGGCAACCUGGCGGCCUUAAACAGCCACGAGAGAACUCACUCGAAGUUCAAGACGCCGGGGGCGACCAUGGUGAGCAGCAGCAGCGGCGGCAGCCACCACGACUCGGAGCGCGGCGCCGGCUCGCAGUCGUCCCAGAGCGACGACGCCGGCUCCUGCUUCUGCCACCUGUGUCAGAUAGCGCUGCCGAGCAAGAGCGACUUCCAGGAGCACAUCCUGCUCCACAACGCCGCCGCGCCUCCCCUGGGCCUGUCGCGCAGCUUUCCCGGGAUCAUGCCUCACAACCUGAGCGCUGUCAGGUCGCCGGCGUACACCCCGGCCCUGGGGGACCCUCUGCCGCUGCCGCCUCUGCCCACUGAUAAGAGAGGCCCCUAUGACCCUAUAAUGGGGCCCCCGGUGAACAACCCCAUCUACACAUGUGCAUACUGCGGCGCCGGACACCCAGACCUGGAGACUCUGAAAGUCCACUACCUGACCCACGAUCCCCACCCGCCCGCCCACAGCCAAGAAAGCUCCAUCCUGAACUCGGACGCGCUCAGCUCCGGAUCUCAGGGCUCGGUGGCGUCUCCGUCGGGGGCCCGCGUGCCUCAGGCCAACUCUCCGGACGACGAAGAGCGGCGAUUCAAGUGCGGGGAGUGCGGCAAAAGCUACCGUCACGCGGGUAGUCUGGUCAACCACAAACGCUGCCAUCAGACGGGCCACUACCAGUGCACCAUCUGCUGCAAGCAGUACCCCCACCUGGCGGCGCUGCACAGCCACCUGCGCAGCCACAAGGGCCGUCCCUCUAACCAGCCCAUCAACAACGACGGCAGCGACUGGCUGUCCCCCGAGCCGCUCACGCUGGACUCCCAGCAGAACUACGUCCAGGAGGGCAGCGGUGCCACCACGCCCAUCUCGCUGCCGGGGAACCUCGGGGACGCCGCCCACUUCGUGCCGGACGCGGGGCACAGCAGCGGUUUGGAUUCCCUGGAGUUCCACGACCGCUUCGACGGCAGCUCGCUCUCCCAGAACAGCUCCGCCCACCGGCAGGCCGACCGCCACCAGUGCGCCGACUGCGGCGAGAUGUACGGAGACGUUUCAGGCAUCAAGUCGCACAUGUGCCCUCGCCGCGGUCCGCAGCAGCAGCAGCAGCAGCAGCAAGGCAACAUGUCCAACGGCUUCAUGGGUAACAUGAGCUACCACGGCUCGGGGGGGACCUCGCUACCGUCAGGAAGCUCGAGCGGCAUGAAGGAAGGCAGCGGUCAGAGACAGUUCGCACACGGCGGAGGCAAGAGGAUAGGCGGCAACGACAAGGACGACGACGACGACGGAGAGGUGUACCAGUGCUCGGUGUGUGGCAACCAUUACGCCAGCCUGAGAGCCCUCAGGAGCCACCUCCGCAGCCACGCCAACAACCCCACCGCCCCGGGGCCCUCCAACCUGGAGCAGGACUGGAGGAUGAUCUGCUCCACCUGCGGCCAGAGCUUCUCCAGGAAGCAGGACCUCCUCAACCACCAGCUGAUCCACGGCCCCCAGAGGCCGGACGCCCAGCAGCAGCAGCAGCAGGUCAUCGCCGGCGGCUCGGCCAACGGCAGCAAGAUCGACGGCCGCAACCACAUCUGCGUGGACUGCGGCAUGUUCUUCACGGACCGCCACCACCUGAUCACCCACCUGUGCCCCGGGAAAAGCCAAGGCGGCUCCAUGAACAAGCAGGGUCUGAACGGAGCCAAGGGGAUGACCGGAGGGGACGGCGUGGGCGGGGGUGUCGGCGGAGGUAGCCGCGACGUUGGCGGCGGCGACGGCCGGAGAACGAUGGUCGACCAAAGCGACAAGCCCCACAAGUGCGACCAGUGCGGACGGGGGUACCGACAUCCCUGCUCGCUCCUCAACCACAAGAAGUCCCACAAGACCGGCGUCUUCCGCUGCCUGGUCUGCCAGAAGCGUUACUACAACCUGCUGGCGCUCAAGAACCACCAGAGGACCCACUUUGACCUGAAAAGGCACAAGUGCGAGGAAUGCGGCAAAGCCUUUAAAAUCCAGAAGCAGCUCAUCAACCACCUCCGCCUACACGAGGAGCACCGGGCCAAGGGCCUGGUCCGGACCGGCCCCAACGGUGCCCGCUUCCAGCAGCCCGGCCCGUCUCAGAUGCAGAACAUGAGGGGGGAGCCUUCCAAGAACCAGGUGAUGGGGGUCAAGUACAGCCACCAGGGCUUCAAGAAGCCCUACUCCUCGGCCGGCACCUCCAGGCCCCAGAAGUUCGACCCGGCUGAAAGUGGGCGGCGGCCUUUCGCCUGCGAGGAAUGUGGAAAGACAUACCGCCACGCCGGCAGCCUGGCCAACCACAAGAACCUCCACAAGAUCGGGGAGUACCACUGCAACGUCUGCAACUCCACGUACCCCAACAGGCUGGCCAUGAAGAACCACCUCCGCCUGCACUUCGCCCAGAAGAAGCACAACUGCCAGGAGUGCGGCAAGGGCUUCCGCACCCAGCGGCAGCUGGCCACCCACACUACAGCCGGCCUGUGCAAGGGCCCGCAGGGCCCCGGGGCCCAGAUGGAUUACGAGUGCGACGGCUGCUGCGAGGGAUUCGCCACGUCCGAGGAGCUGGCGGCCCACGACUGCCCGGCCCAGCACCUGCCGUCCUCGUCCUCCACCAACAGCUCCACCAACGUCAGCCUGGAGAGGAACUCGGUGGACCUGGACUCGGACGAGCGGCCGUACGCCUGCGACCUGUGCACCUGCACCUACAAGCACGCCAGCUCCCUGCUCAACCACAAGCACACCCACAAGACCGGAGACUUCCACUGCAACUUCUGCAACAAGCCCUACACCAACUACAUGGCCCUGCGCAACCACAUGCGCAUCCACACCCAGCGCAAGAAGCACAUCUGCCACACCUGCGGCAAGGCCUUCCGGCUGGCCAGGUUCCUCCGCAACCACCAGAAGGUGCACGAGGAGGGCGCCACGCCCUUCGGCUGCCCCACCUGCGGGAAAAGCUUCCAGGGAAGGUCGGGCCUGGCGCGGCACCGCUGCGGGGACAACCAGGUAGGCAUGGAGGUCAGGAGGAAGGCCGCCGCCGCCACCACAGAGGGAGAAGAGUGUCGGUACACGUGUGACCAGUGCGGCCGGUCCUACCGCCACGCCAGCUCCCUGCUCAACCACAAGAACACCCACACCGUCGGCAUCUACCACUGCGCCGUGUGCCUCAAGACCUACUCCAACCUGCUCGCCCUGAAGAACCACCGCCGCAUCCACUCGGAGACGCGGCGCCACCGCUGCCACGACUGCGGCAAGGCCUUCCGCGUGUCGUCGCAGCUGCACAACCACCGCCGCGUCCACCAGAAGCAGCGGGAGCUGACCUGCCGCGCCUGCCAGCGCGCCUUCCCCACGCCGGCCAGCUUCAGGCUGCACAUGGAGAUCAGCCACGGCCAGGCCCCCCAGCCCCGCCAGCCCAGGCCCCAGCAGGCCCGCCCGGGGGGCUCCCGGGACCUGGGCUGGGGCUCGGGCCUGGACCUCACGCUGAUGCAGGAGCAGGGGCUGAACCCGGGACCUGGCCUGGCCAAGGCCCGCGGCGGUGGCGGCGGCGGCCGGGAGGCCAGGCCCCACGCCUGCGACCAGUGCGGCCGGUCCUACCGCCACGCCAGCUCCCUGCUCAACCACAAGAACAGCCACAAGACCGGCACCUACUUCUGCUCCUCCUGCCAGAAGGAGUUCCCCAACCUCAUGUCCCUGAAGAACCACCGCCGCAUCCACACCGAGCCCAAGCGCUACCAGUGCCCCGACUGCGGCAAGUCCUUCCGGGUGUCGACGCAGCUCAUCUGCCACCGCCGCAUCCACACCAAGGAGAAGCCCUUCUCCUGCCAGCACUGCGACAAGCGCUUCUCCUCCAAGUCCAACCUGCGGCACCACAUGAAGGUGCACUGGAGCGCUGGAGCGCCGCCGCCGCCACGCGGCAUGGUGGCGACGCGCGGCAUAGCGGCGACGCCCAACUACCUGGGGAUGCCUGGAGGGCCCUUCAUCUAGACCGGGGGGGGGGCGGCCUCUGGAGGUGCCAAAAUGUAGCCGGACCUUAGUCCUCCUCGUCUUCACUGUGUGAGUGUGUGUGUGUGUGUGUGUGAGUGUGUGUGUGUGUGUGUGUGUGUGUGUAGCUGACUGACCUACUGCACCUCGUAUAAGCUCUGUCUCCAUCGGUGGACCAGCCUCAAACCGCCCGACUGGGGGCCCGGCCCCCAACUCAGAGACUUGUGGACUCAGGGGGGCCCUGGGGCCCAGGCAGAGACACUUGGGGGGUCUGUCGGUCCAAGUAGAGAGACAUUUGGGGGGGGGGGGUCUCAGGAUCCUGAUGGAGACUUGUUGGUGGCCUGAGGAUCCCAGUAGAGACUUUUUGGGACUUCGGGGAUCCAAGUGGAGACCGUCAGGGGUCUGAGGGACCUGAUCUGGAUUUUGAGGGACCUGAUGGAGACUUUUGGGGUUCUAAGGGACCUGAUCCAGGACGUGCGUCUUCGGUGGCCUUUGUCUCAGUGUUUUUUAACCGUGAUGCUGAAACUUGUAGCUCGAGUGGAGAGACGGGAUUUUGUACCUUCAUCAUUUCAAAGAGGCAGCAAAGACUUCUGGGAACUUUUGGGAAUAAGGACCUUGUUCUCCGAGAGGUUGUGUGUGUGUGUGUGUGUGUGUGUGCGUGUGUGCGUGUGUGUGCGACGCGGAUCGCAGCGUUGGCUGAAACUUUCCCGCCACAAACCAGAGGUGGGCGUGGCCUCCGGGGGGCGUGGCCUCCGGGGCGUCGUCUCCGAUCUCGCCGGCCGUCAUCACUUUUACCUCAGAAGGACGCGGCCGCAGUCGCCGCGGCGACAGACUGAUGCGAUGGCGUGCGUUUUAGGGCGUCGCCCGUAAGACUCGUUUCAUAGUUACGGUUUAAAUAAGUCGUCGGGGGAGGGGGGGGCUGACACGGGCCACAGGCCACGCCCACAAGCGGAUCGUCGGAUCAAACAUAUCAACAAACAAACGGGGCGUUUCCGGUUAGCGUUAGCGGCCUUUAACUUUGUUUAUUUUAAGAUUUAAAGCGUUAAAACUGCAGCUGGGCGUGGCCUCUAUCAGGGGGGCGUGGCCUCUACCAGGGGGCGUGGCCUGCAUCGCACCGGGGACAAACGGAAACGAGGCGUCGGAGCUGACGGCGUUCAAAUGAGUCAAGGUCGUCGGUUGAGGUUAAAAGGGGGCGGUUCCUACUAAAAAAAGUCUUUAUUGUCAAUUUUUCAUACCAAAAAAUACAAGAAAUCUAAAGUAUGCUUCCCUCUUGUCCGACAUAAAAUAAAUGAAAUAAAAUAAAAAUAGUAGUGCAAACAGAUUCAAUUAAAUAGUUAAAAUAGUUACUAUUUACGUCUCGUAAAAGGCCAGAAACGCCCCCCAGGCGGUACGGGGGUCCGGUCCCGUCAUUUCACCAGCUCAUGAACCCGGUCCAGAAACCGGAGGACGAAUCCGUCCAUCUGCCUCUAGAAGACGAGAGACGUCUCCGUCUGCGCGACCGUCGACUCGCAUUUGGGUCAGAAUUAUCAUUCCAGAUAUCUAUGAUGUCAUUUUGACUAGUCAAAACUCUAAUUCAAGAUAUUUGUAAUUACAUUUUGACUAG